CGCAAGCAUAAUCGUGGAAUAUAGACACAGACACGAGCAACAGAUUGCUGCAGCUUCACUUCAUGAAUGAAGUUCCCAGAAGCUACGAAACUAGAAAACGCUUCCUCAGCAACAGUACAUUAUUGUGGCUGAAAGAUGCCCCACGGUUCAGAUGAUGCUCGCAAAAAGUUCAUCCUGACCACGACUGGAAACUUCUAUGGGACAAAGCCUUCGCCGUCCCUGGCUGACAGCCCAGAGCUCAAUAACUUCUUGGACGAUGGGAAUGAAUUUGUCCUGUCCGUCAGCAGACAUGACAGUGACCUUCAUUUGUCAAAUAAGAUUGAAGCAUCGGGGGACAGCAGAGAGAAGGUGUUGGUAUUCUUCAAGCUGCAUCCCACAGUGAUCACAGAAGACAACCUUCACCAGAGUCUCCUUGUGUCAUCCAUGCUGGAGUCUCCCAUCAACAGCCUCUACCAGGCUGUAAGACAAGUCUUUGGACCUGUGCUGCUGAAGGAUGAGCGCUGGCGUUCAGCAUUUGACCCUAAGCUGGCAGACCUGCUGAGUGAGCUGGAGCUUGGCUUGGGCACAGUGGUCCGCCAGUCUGGAGCAAAACUCUCUGCCAAAAAGGGCCGCACGGAGGAAGAUGUUUUUGGCAUCCUGACUCCCAGUGAUGAGUUCCAGUACUGGGCCGAUCUCUCUGAGUCUGCAGAGAAGAACAGUGUGAGAGAAAGGGCUACAUAUUUCACUGAGCAAUUUAAACCCAUACAAAAGGAGUAUGGUGGUCUAGAUGGCUUGUCUAUGUCUGAUGUUGUGGACCUGGUGGAACAGAGCAGAGACAGUCUGGAUGAUGUUUGGAGGCAGACUGAUUUUGAGCCUUAUCCAGAAACACGCAUGGUCCGACUCAUGGAUGUUAUUGGUGGAGCCCUAGGAAGAUAUGUGCAGAGGAAGCUAAGCGGCCUUAAAAUCUUUGAGGAGCCAUUUGUAUCGGUGAGAGAGAACGUGAGAACAGGCGUUGCAGUCUGUGAACAAUGGGUCGUAGCCUGUGAGCAUCUGACUGGACAGGUAUGGAAGAGACAUGCCCCCCACCCGUGGAAGGGAAACAAGCACUGCCCCCAAACUCUUCAUUGCCUUGCAAAAAGAUUAGAUGAGGUGGUAACUCUGCGUAUGGUUCAUGAGAAACUGCUGCGUCUGCUACCAGGAGGGAAACAACAGGCUCUGACUUCAGAUCGUGUUUUUGAACCUUUCUCAGGACUCAACCCUCUCCAUUACAAUCCCUACACUGAGCCUCUUUGGAGAGCAGCAGUGGCUCAGUUUGAGCGGCUAAUGGCUCCGUCCGAGCAGGAGGUUGCUGGCAGACUAAAGAGCUACAUUGCUGACGUGCAAGACAACCCACAGCAGCUGUUGCAGGUGUUUCAAAAACACAAGGAGUUGAUCCGACGUCCCACCAUCAGCAAAGAGCUGCAGUCAGAGAGAGACACCCUGUUGGCCAGACUACUGGACUACAACAAAGGCCUGAAGACUGACUUUGAGAGUCGUUGCCAUGGAGGCCCUGGAGAAAAGUCUGGGCCACUCAUUGGCAGGAACCUCCCUGAGGUGGUCAACAAAAUUGUCUGGGUCCGACAGCUCAUACACAGGGUUGAGGACUCUGUGCGCAUAGCUGAGGCACUGCUUUCAGACCUGUCUGGGUUCAAAGGAUACUUACAUUUCUGUGAUGACCUGCUAGAAGGUCUCAGGGCAUAUGAACAGGAGCAGUUCGAGGACUGGUCAAGAGAAAUACUGUCUGGACUGGCUGACCCAAAGUCAGGGAUCAGUCUCCAGGCCAGUAACCGUGUUAUGGACCUGGACCAUGUGGACGGCAGGCUGAAGAUCCAGUAUUCAGACAGACUGGUCAGUCUGCUCAGGGAGGUCAGGCAGCUUUCUGCUCUGGGCUUUCCUAUCCCAGCGAAGAUACAACAGGCUGCUAAUACUGCCGACAAAUUCCACAGACAAGCUAUUGUCCUUAAACAGGUGGCCCAUUUCUACAACACCAUUGACCAGCAGAUGAUUCCCUCUCAGAGACCUAUGAUGCUUGGUCUUGCCUUGGCCUUUGAACAAGUCAUCAAGAAUCCUCGAUCUCAGUCGAAGGAAUCAGGUGGUAAACUGCAGAUCACUUGGGACAACCCCAAAGAGUUGGAAGUUUACAUUACCAAGCUGCAGUCUGCUGCUGAGAAACUCUCCACCGAGAACAGGAAGUUACGCAAAUGGCACACUGACUUUAUUGACAAGGUGGUGACACUGAUAAAUGUGGACCUGCUGAGACAUCAGCAGCGUUGGAAAGAUGGCCUUCAGGACCUCCGUACUGGCUUUGCCACUCUGGAGGCUCAGGGCUUCAGGUCUGAUGAUAUGCAGGCAUGGCGUCAGCACUGGAACCAUCAGCUAUACAAGGCUCUUGAACACCAGUACCAGACGGGACUGGAGGCUCUGAACAAGAACCUGCCUGAAAUACACAUAGACCUCACUUUCAAGCAGGGCCGUUUGCAGUUCCGUCCUCCAUUUGAGGAGGUGCGAGCACGCUAUUUCAGGGAGAUGAAGCGGUUCAUCUCGAUCCCAAACCAGUUCAAAGGGGUCAGUGCCCAGGGGGAGGAGCUUAUCUUCGGUGUCAUGAUUGAUAGGAAUGCCUCUGGGUUCCUCACCAUCUUCAGCAAGGCCGAGGAUCUCUUUAGCCGCCUGCAGGCUAUACAACACAAGUUUAAGGAGUGGGUGGUGCUGGGCCAGGUCGAUUUAGAGAAGUUAGUGGAGAAGCAUCUGAACUCGGGGCAAGACUGGGAGAGAAACUUCAAGGCCCUGAAAGCCAGAGGGAAGGAGUCAGAACGUCUGCCCAGUCAGGAAAAGGUGGAUUGUAUUACAGUCAACUGUGAGCCAGUAAAAGCUGUCAUCGAUGACCUGAUCCAGAGGCUGUUUGACCUGCUGCUCUUAUCACUAAGAAGGUCCAUACAGGGCCACACACAGGCCAUAGACAGUUUUGUGUCAGAGUCAAUGGAGGCCUUGUCCACUCGACCAGAGAGCAUGGAGGAUAUUGGUGCGGCCAGUGGCAAAUACAGCCAGAUACUAGCCCGCAAACCUGAAAUCCUACCUCAGUUCCAGUGUGCUGAGGAGAAGAAUCGCUUGUUGCGAGCAGUUGCUGGGGCCGGCCUGGACUCGCUGUCCUCACUCAGGGCCAAGUGGGACAAACUGGAGCUUGUGAUGGAAAGCCACCAGCUCAUGGUCAAAGAACAGGUGGAAGUGAUGCGUAGUAAUGCAGCUGGUCGUAUUGACGCCUACAGGGCGGAUCUGGAACGGUUUAAGGCCCGCUGGGACCAGCUGAAGCCUAAAGAUGAGAUGCUUGACACUGGUGACCAUGCUGCCCUUCUUGCGUGCCUCCAAACCAUUAGGGACAAACAGCAAGAGUUCCAGGAGCUCGAGCUUGUGCGCAGUAAACUCCUUGAGGACUGUACUUAUUUUGACUUGGAGGCUCCAGAUUUCUCUCUGGCGGAAGAGACAAAAAGAGACAUGGAGCAGUACAGUCAGAUGUGGGGUCUGUAUGAGGAGUGGCAGCAAGGCUUCACAGAAAAGGCCCAGGAGGACUGGAUCACAUUCAGGAGUAAGACAUAUGUGUUUGAGGAGUUUCUAUUUACGUGGCAGGACAGACUUAGAAAGCUGGAGCAGCCUACUGCCAUGUCUGUUAAACUGCAAGGAGAAGUGGACAAAUACAAGAACAUGGUACCAGUGCUGAAGUAUGUGCGUGGGGAGCACCUGUCCCAGGACCACUGGUUGGACAUGUUCCGUUUGCUUGGCCUUCCAAGAGGGACAACUUUAGAGAGACUCACCUUUAAUGACCUCCUUGGUGUGGCAAAUACCGUCAUAGAAAAGGCCUUGGAGCUCAAGGACCUGAACAGUCGUGCUCAGGCGGAAGUGACAAUCAGAGAAGCCCUGAGGGAGCUGGACUUGUGGGGAGCUGCAGCAACCUUCAACCUCACUGAGUAUACAGACAGCAGCAGGCGCACCCUCACCCUCAUCAAGGACUGGAAGGAUAUAGUCAACCAGGUGGGAGAUAACCGCUGUCUGCUGCAGUCUCUGAAAGACUCUCCCUACUACCGCAGCUUCCAAGACAAGGUCAGCCUGUGGGAGGUACGUCUAUCAGACUUAGAUGAGUAUCUGCUGAGUCUGAAUGCCAUCCAGAGGCGCUGGGUUUAUCUGGAACCUAUUUUUGGACGAGGGGCAUUGCCCAGGGAGGAGGCCCGCUUCAAACGGGUUGAUGAAGACUUCAGGUCUAUAAUGUCAGACAUUCAGAGAGACAACAGAGUUGUUUCUCUGAGCUCGAGGGCAGGCAUCAGAAACUCCCUGGUCACCAUACUGGAUCAACUGCAGCGCUGCCAAAAGUCACUUAAUGAGUUCCUGGAGGAGAAGCGCUCUGCUUUCCCACGGUUCUAUUUCAUAGGCGAUGAUGAUCUGUUAGAGAUUCUUGGUCAGGCAACCAAUCCAACUGUCAUCCAGUCACACCUGAAGAAACUCUUUGCAGGUAUCCACAGUGUUCUGUUUGAUGAGCAGUGCCAGCACAUUGUCGCCAUGUGUUCUUUGGAGGGAGAAAUAGUGCCACUUAGAAACCUCAUUCGCAUCUCCAGCUUUGUGGAGGUGUGGCUAAGUGAGUUGUCUGUGGAAAUGAAGGAGACUCUGAAGCACCUAUUGUAUGAAUGUGUGUCAGCAGGGAAGAAAGGAGAGGUGGACCCCUCACGCUACCCAUCUCAGAUUCUGUGUCUGGCUGAGCAAAUCCAGUUUACUGAGGAUGUGGAAAGAGCUCUAAAAGAGCAAAAUCUGCAGCAGCUGGAGCUGGAGCUCAAUGCCAAAUUAGAACACUACACUACAGUGGAUACCAGCUCUGACGACAAUGCUAACACAGAGUCCAGUGUCCUGCAGCUGAAGCUGAAGGCAUUGAUCCUGGAUAUUAUUCACAACAUCAGCGUGGUGAAGCAACUUAACCAGGCAGGAGUUACUAGCCCUGAUGCCUGGGCCUGGAAGAAGCAGCUUCGCUUCUACAUGGGAACAGACAAAUGUUGCCUCAUACAUAUGGUGGAUGCACAGUUCAGCUAUACAUAUGAAUACCAGGGGAAUGCGGCUAAGCUGGUGCACACUCCACUGACUGAUAAGUGCUACCUGACUCUGACCCAAGCCAUGAAGAUGGGGCUUGGGGGUAACCCCUAUGGGCCCGCUGGCACAGGCAAGACUGAGUCAGUCAAGGCCCUGGGGGGGCUGUUCGGACGACAAGUGCUAGUGUUCAACUGCGAUGAGGGUAUCGAUGUGAAGUCAAUGGGAAGAAUCUUUGUGGGCUUGGUGAAGUGUGGAGCAUGGGGCUGCUUUGAUGAGUUUAACCGCUUAGAGGAGGCAGUGUUGUCUGCAGUUUCCAUGCAGAUUCAGGCCAUUCAAGACUCCCUUAAACAUCACAAGAACACAUGUGAUUUGCUUGGGAAAGAGGUGGAAUUGGACCCAAACUCUGGGGUGUUCAUCACAAUGAACCCAGCAGGAAAAGGCUACGGAGGCAGACAGAAGCUUCCAGACAAUCUAAAGCAGUUGUUCAGGCCUGUAGCCAUGAGCAGGCCAGACAAUGAACUCAUUGCUGAGGUCAUCCUAUACUCUGAAGGCUUUAAAAAUGGAGAAAUACUGGGACGCAAACUGGUUGCAAUCUUCAACCUGGCCAGGGAGCUUUUGACUCCCCAGCAGCACUAUGACUGGGGUUUGCGUGCUCUGAAGACAGUGCUGAAGGCCUGUGGCAGUCUCCUGCAGCAACAGAGGAGGAGUCAUGACAAGGACAAGAUUCAGGAGAGUAGUCUGGUGGUGCAGGCGUUGAGACUGAACACCAUGUCGAAACUCACGUUUGCCGAUAGCUCCCGGUUUGAUGCUCUGGUCAAAGAUGUCUUCUCCGGGGUUAAUUUCACUGAUGUAGAGGACCAGAUACUAAUGCAAGCACUGGAACAAGUUUACAAGGAAGCACGGCUUGAACUUAUACCCAGCCAGCUGAAGAAGGCAUUGGAGCUGAAUGAACAGCUGAGACAACGCAUGGGAGUAGUCAUUGUAGGGCCAAGUGGAGCGGGGAAGUCUACCCUCUGGAGGAUGCUGAGGGCUGCCCUCAGCAAGACAGGCAAAGUGGUGAAGCAGUACACAAUGAAUCCUAAGGCCAUGCCCAGACAACAGCUACUGGGACAUAUAGACAUGGAUACCAGAGAAUGGGCCGAUGGUGUCCUCACACACAGUGCCAGGAAUGUGGUCAGAGAACCACAGGAGGUGAGCUCAUGGAUUGUGUGCGAUGGCGACAUUGAUCCAGAGUGGAUUGAGAGUCUGAACUCCGUGCUUGAUGAUAAUCGGCUGUUAACCAUGCCUAGUGGAGAACGCAUCCAGUUCGGACCCAAUGUUAACUUCCUGUUUGAGACUCACGACCUUAGCUGUGCCUCACCAGCCACCAUAUCCCGCAUGGGCAUGAUCUUUCUUAGUGAUGAAGACAUUGAUGUGGGUGCCUUGUUGAAGUCGUGGUUGAGGGGUCAGCCAGAGGAGUGUUGCAGUAAUUUGGAAAACUGGCUGGGAGACUACUUCCAGCGAGCCCUGGACUGGGUCCUCAAACAGAAUGACUUUGUGGUGGAGACUAGUCUGGUGGGCACAGUGUUCAAUGGUCUGUCACACCUGAAUGCUGUGACAGAGCGAGGUCAGUUCAUUGUUGGUCUUCUUAGAGGUUUGGGAGGAAACCUCAACCUUAAAACACGACAGGAGUUUGCCAAAGAGUUGCUGAGCUGGGCCAGGGAAAGCCCACCAGACAUAAAAAAACCACUAGAUACCUACUAUGACUCUGACAGCGGCCAUCUAGCAGCCUACACGUUCCUGCGUCCUGAGGGUCUCACACUGGAUCAGCUCUCUCAUACACACACACUACCUGUUAUUGAGACUCCGGACAUGCAGAGAGGUCUGCACUGCUUCUCUCCGUGGCUCACCGCUCAGCACAAGCAGCCCUUCAUGGUGGUAGGGCCAGAGGGCUGCGGAAAGGGCAUGCUCCUGCGCUACGCCUUCUCUCGGCUGCGGUCCACCCAAGUCGCUGUAGUUCACUGCAGUGCCCAGACCUCAUCUCGCCAUGUCCUACAGAAGCUCAGUCAGACCUGCCUGUUGCUCAGCUCAAACACCGGACGAGUCUUCAGACCCAAAGACUGUGAAAACCUGGUGCUCUACCUAAAAGACAUAAACCUACCCAAACCUGACAAAUGGGGGACCAGCAACCUCACUGCCUUCCUGCAGCAGGUUUUGACAUAUAAGGGAUUCUAUGAUGAAAAUCUGGAGUGGGUGAGUCUUGAGAACAUCCAGGUGAUGGCCUCCAUGUCAACAGGGGGUGCUGUAGGGAGCCAUUCACUCACCUCCCGCUUCUCAUCCAUAGUUCGCAUCUGCACUAUAGACUAUCCAGACAGGGAGCAGCUGCAGACCAUCUACUCAGCAUACCUGCAGCCAGUUCUCCAGCAUGGCCUGGGCAGCCAGGCAUCCUGGGCCAGCACAGGGAAAACACACCAGCUGGCUGGGUCUCUUGUGCAGCUCUAUGAACAGGUUAAAGCCAAGUUUACAGUGGAUGACCACAGCCACUACCUAUUUACCCCCUGUAUCCUCACUGAAUGGGUCCUCAGCCUGCUGCGAUAUGACCUCACUGCAGCUCAAUCUAAUGUGACAGACAGCGUGUUGGAGGUGGUAGCAUACGAGGCCAGGAGGCUGUUCAGAGACCGGCUAGUUUCCUCCAAAGACCUUCACACCUUUGAUAACAUCCUCUCAUCCAUCAUACGGGGAGACUGGAGCUCUGACGCUCUUGACAACAUGACUGAUGGUUUCUAUGUGACAUGGGGGGCAUCUGAAGGGACUGUAAUGGCCCCAGGCCAGUCUUUACCUCCUCAUGGUAAACAACUAGGAUUUCUGGAUUCUGCUGACCUAAAGCAAGUUAUACAGAAGGGAGUAGUGCUGUACAGUCGUGAUAACAGGGAGCUGGAUCUUCUCCUGUUCUGGGAAGUGUGCGACUUUGUGUCUAGGGUGGAUCGGGUCCUUAGCAGACCCGGUGGCUCUCUGCUUCUGGCAGGCCGGAGUGGAGUGGGUCGGCACACAGCCACGUACCUGGUGUCACAUAUGCAUGGAUACACAUUGUCCACACCCAAAAUCUCCCGUGGUUACACUCUUAAGCAUUUCAGCAAUGAUCUCAAGACGGUGAUGCAGCUGGCAGGUCUGGAGGGCCAACAGGUGAUUCUACUGUUGGAAGACUAUCAGUUUGUUCACCCGGCUUUCUUAGAGAUGGUCAACAGCCUGCUGUCAUCAGGUGAAGUUCCAGGUCUGUACACCCCAGAAGAACUGGAGCCUCUCCUCUCCUCCCUCAAAGAUGCUGCUUCCCAGGAUGGAUUCAGCGGACCACUCUACAACUACUUUUCCUAUAGAAUCCAGCAGAACCUCCACAUUGUUCUGAUCAUGGACUGCUCCAACUCUAACUUCACCAUCAACUGUGAGAGCAACCCAGCUUUCUACCGCAAGUGUUCUGUCCAGUGGAUGGAAGGAUGGUCUGAAAGCAGCAUGAAGAAGAUUCCUGAGUUGCUGCUGGCAAAGACGGAAGGAGGAGGCGAGGAGAAUGAAAGAGAAAAGGCCAUAAAGGGCUCAGCAGGGUCUGCUCAGGGAGACCUGUGCCGUUUGUUCCUGAUGGUCCAUGAGUCAUGUAGAGAACAUGGUGCGACACCCAGCCAGUACAUGGCCUUUCUGCAUGUUUACACUGCAAUAUAUAGCCGGAAGCAGAGCCAGCUCACAACAAGACAGCAGCAUCUGCAGGCAGGAGUGUCUAAGCUGAACGAAGCUAAGGCAUUGGUGGAUGAGUUGAAGAGGCGGGCUGCAGAGCAGAGUGCACUGCUGAAGACUAAACAACAGGAGGCAGAUUCUGCCCUUCAGGAAAUCACCACCUCCAUGCAGAAUGCCAGUGACCAAAAGACAGAAAUGGAGAAGAUAAAAGGAAAGAUGGCUCAAGAAGUGUCCAAGAUUGAAGAGAGAAAGGCCAAAAUAGAUGACGAGCUAAAGGAAGUACAGCCAUUGGUAGAUGAAGCGAAGCGUGCUGUUGGAAACAUCAAGCCUGAAGCUCUGUCUGAGAUUCGCUCCCUACGCAUGCCCCCUGAUGUCAUCAGAGACAUCCUAGAGGGAGUACUGAGACUGAUGGGCAUCUUCGACACCUCCUGGGUCAGCAUGAAGAGCUUUCUGGCUAAACGUGGUGUGAGGGAGGACAUAGUUACAUUUGAGGCCAGGAACAUCACCCCUGAAAUUCGCCAGAGUGUGGAAGAGCUGCUCAACAGGAACAAGGCCUCCUUCGAUCCCAAGAAUGCAAAGCGUGCAAGUGCAGCAGCCGCUCCACUGGCCGCCUGGGUCAAAGCCAACGUCCAAUACUCCCACGUCAUAGAGAGGAUAGAGCCACUGGAGAGAGAGCAGGCCGGACUACUGGAAAACCUGAGGAAAACAGAGAGUAGGAAGAAUAAACUGGAGGACCAGCUCAACUCUGUUGGAGCCAAAGUCAACGAGUUGAAAGAGAAGUUUCAGUGUCAUACUUCAGAGGCAGCUAAGUUGGAGGCUGAGGUGACAAAAGCUCAAGACACGAUCACUGCAGCUCAGCAGCUCAUAUCACAACUGGAUGGAGAACACACACGGUGGAACGCACAGAUGUCUGAGAUAAAGAAUGAGUUGGACACACUCCCUAUGAGGGCCAUGCUGGCUGCAGCCUUCAUCACCUAUCUGUCUGCAGCUCCUGAAGACCGUAGAAGACACUGUCUGGAGACAUGGAUGGCUCAGUCUGGACUACAGAAGUUCGACUUGCGGUCAUUCCUGUGCUCUGAGAGUGAGCAGUUGAUCUGGAAGAGUCAAGGGCUGCCGUCUGAUGACCUCUCCAUGGAGAAUGCACUUGUCAUACUACAGAGUGUUGCCUGUCCAUUCCUGAUUGACCCAUCAUCCCGAGCUACAGAGUGGCUAUGCACACAUCUUAAACAGCACAGACUAGAGGUUAUCAACCAACAGGUCCUAGAUACGUGGUUCAGAUAGGAGACAAGGUUAUUGAUUACAAUGAGGACUUCCGUCUCUUCAUGGCAACACGGAAUCCCACCCCCUUCAUCCCCCCUGAUGCUGUGUCCGUGGUUACGGAGGUCAACUUCACCACCACCAGGGCAGGUUUGCGAGGACAGCUGCUAGCCUUGACCAUCCAGCAGGAGAAGCCAGAGUUGGAGACAGAAAAAACAAGACUACUACAGCAAGAGGAAGACAAGAAGAUACAGCUGGCUCAGUUGGAAGAAUCGCUGUUAGAGACUCUGGCUACAGCUCAGGGUAAUAUUCUGGAGAACAGGGAGCUGAUAGACAGCCUGAACCAGACCAAGGCCAGCAGUGCCCUCAUCCAGGAGUCACUACUGGAAUCGCACAGGCUGCAGGCAUCCCUGGACCAGGAGCGGGAUGCCUACCUGCCUCUUGCAGAGAGUGCCAGCAAGAUGUAUUUUGUCAUCACCGACCUGUCAAAGAUCAACAACAUGUACCGCUUCAGCCUUGCUUCUUUCCUGCGCCUCUUUCAAAGGGCUCUUCUGGCCAAGAAGGAAGCAGAGAAUACCGAAGCCAGGAUUGCUGCUUUGGAGGCCAGCUUAAAGAAUAUGGUGUAUGAGUACGUCUGCCGGUCGCUAUUCAAGGCUGACCAGUUGAUGUUUUCUAUGCACUUUGUGAAAGGCAUGUAUCCAGAACUCUUCCAAGAGAGUGAAUGGGAUGUCUUCACUGGAUCCAUUGUAGGAGAAAUGUUUAAGAAAGAGGAGUUCCCUUCUUGGAUUGAUCAGGAGAGGCAUGGAGCAGUGGCCAUUUUUAAAGCUACAUUCCCAGCCCUCUACCAGUCCUUGUGUUUGAGUGACUCAGACCUUUGGCUGUCCUUCUCACAGAGCUCACAGUGUGAACAGGAAAUCCCAUCCUCCAUUGCCAAGAAGAUUACUCCCUUCCAGCAGCUGUUACUGGUUCAGGCAGUCAGACCAGACCGACUGCAGAGUGCCAUGGCAGCAUUUGCCACCCAGGCCCUGGGUAUGAGAGAACUCUCCCCUCCUCCUCUGAACCUGCGUCGUCUGUACACUGAGACAUUGGAAUGGGAGCCGGUGUUGAUCAUCAUCUCUCCAGGGGCAGACCCAUCCCAGGAGCUGGCAGAACUAGCAGCUGAAACCGUGGGCAGGGACAACUAUCAUGAGAUCUCCAUGGGUCAGGGACAGGCUGAUGUGGCCUUAGCUGCACUCAGAGAAUGUUCCCGAAAUGGAGACUGGCUUUGCCUGAAAAACCUUCACCUUGUCACUACAUGGCUACCCCACCUGGAAAAAGAGCUAAAUGUGCUACAUCCCAAAGCUGGCUUCCGUCUCUGGCUGACAGCAGAAGUUCACCCCAGAUUUCCUUCAAUACUACUGCAGUCCAGCCUAAAGAUCACUUACGAGGCUCCUCCCGGGUUGAAGAAGAAUCUGCUAAGAACAUAUGAGUCAUGGACUCCAGAGCAGAUCAGUAAAGGAGGAAUCCUGGCCAGAGCCCAGUCACUGUUCUGUCUGGCUUGGUUCCAUGCUGUCUGCCAAGAGAGACGCAACUACAUACCACAGGGUUGGACUAAGUUCUAUGAAUUUUCUUUGUCCGACCUCCGUGCUGGCUUUGAGAUUAUCGACAGGCUUUUUGAAGGUGGUAAACAUUUCCAGUGGGAGUUUGUCCAUGGCCUGUUGGAGAGCGCCAUCUAUGGUGGACGCAUUGACAACCCCUCAGACCUCCGCAUUUUACGCUCCUACCUGGAGCAGUUCUUCUCAGCACAUCUCCUCUCAUCGUCCCUCUCAGCUGGUCAAAGAAAGAGCAGAGGAGGAACACGCUUCUUUCCACCUCAGAUCAGCCUCCCAAAUUCUUGCUCCAUAUUGGACUACCGUAGCGUAAUAGAGAAUCUCCCAGAGGAUGACAGACCUGCAUUCUUUGGUCUGCCUGCCAACAUAGAAAGAUCUUCCCAGAGAAUCAUCAGCUCCCAGGUGAUUUCCCAACUGCGUGUCCUGAGCCGCUCAGUAGCAACAGGUUCCAAGUUUGACAGGGAGCUCUGGUCGAAUGGACUUUCACCGGUCCUCUACUUGUGGAAGAAACUCAACCAGGGUUCUACUCUGAUCCACCAGAAGGUGGCCCCACCUACAGAAAGUCAGGGGUCACCAGUCCUGUCAUUCAUCGUUCUGGAGCAGUUCAACGGCAUCCGCCUGGUCCAGAGUAUCCACCAAUCCCUGGCUGCACUGAGCAAGGUCAUCAGAGGGACCCAACUGCUAACUCCUGAAGUCCAAAAACUGGCCACUGCCCUGCUCAAUCAAGAGUGCCCUUUAACAUGGCAGAACAAAUGGGAGGGACCAGAAGAGCCAAUGCAGUACCUCAGAGCUGUAGUAACACGGGCUCUCGCUAUACAGAGUUGGGUGGAGCGUUCAAGCAGACAAGCUCUUCUAUCGGACACCCUAGAUCUAGCUGAGCUCUUCCACCCUGACACCUUCCUCAACGCUUUGAGACAGGAAACUGCCAGGUCCAUGGGUUGUUCUAUGGAUAGUUUGGUGUUUGUCUCGUCGUGGAGGAGCUCCAUUGCACAGGCCAAGCUGCAAGUCAAGGUGGGAGGUCUCCAGCUGGAGGGUUGUAGUUUUGAUGGUGUUCAUCUUUGUGAGAAUCAGCAUGACUCUCCCAGUGUGUCAGCUGUCCCACCCUGCUACAUGGCCUGGGUUCCACAGAACUCUGCUGCUGACUCCACUGCAUCAGAGGAGAGUAUAUGGCUGCCUCUGUACACAAGCUCAGAGAGGGUGAAGGUGGUCACGCACAUCUGUCUGCCCUGCGGAGCGAACCCCAACCAGUGGAUACAGACUGGAGCCGCUCUCUUCCUCAAACAGCAGUGAAAGGACCUCAUCUUGGACACCAGUAACCAGCCAGUAACUACAGAGGCUUUUGUCAAGCAUUGUAAGCCUCAGGUGGAGAAAAUAUUGUCCUAAAAGGCAGAUUUGACUGGGGCAACAAAUAACAGGACAGGCUCUGAUACUGACACCAUCAUUUUCUAAUUAAGCACCUUAGCUUAGAGACCAAAACCUUAAAUUUGCAUAAUAUGGUACAAGGGAAGGCACCAGAGGAGAAGAGAACAGUUUUUACUUUCUUUAUUUGUUUUUUGGUUUAACAACAACACUAGUUCUUGAAUGAAAAGUCAUUUCUUUUAAUUUCAUGGGCCAGACAUCAAAAUGGAGCAGCCAUAACAUCUUUAAUGAGAUAUAAACAUGGAUCUCAGGCUGUAACAAGCUUUGAUAACUCUGAAUUCUUCUACUCUUAGUCUAAUAAAACACUACUUCACUCAUCUUCUACAUUUCAUAAAAUAGUGUAAAAUUGUCUUUUGUGUUCAAAGAACUCAUGAAGAAAGCAGCGUUAUUGAGUUAAAUAAGUUUUUGCCCUGAAUGUUUGUUUCACAGUUAUUCUGUUGCCUGAGUGUAUUUUUGGACCUUAUUUAUUCAAAAUAAAGAUGAAAUAAAUGUCAAUAUUGCUAGAUUUUAUUGCAGUAAUAGUCACUAACAUGUUCCAAUAUUGUGAUUGUAAAGAAAGUCAAACUCUGUCCCAAUUUAAUUUCAGUUCAGCACGUGCAAUUAGAUGAGUAGAAGUUGAGAAUAAUAAGACAAAGCACCAAUACAGAGAUGUGCAUGUGUGUGUGUGUGUGUUUCAGAGCUAGGCUGACCCUCCACCACACACUAUCAGUAGUCACAACUGUUCAACAGUAAACAUUAGAGAUCAUUCUGCCUCUCAAUUAAAUCUGCUGAAACAGGCUUCACAGGCAGAAAAUGCCCCAGUGUCUGUUCCCAAAGCAAAUGGUGGUUGCCUCUACCUCUCUCUCUUACUCUCUUUCACACACGCACAUUCACAAGCACUCAGUCCCUAACCUCUGUGUGAUUGGUUGUGAGUCGAGGUUGAGCGGAGUCGGUAAAGCCGUGAUGGAUGGCCACAGAACUACAAAGCAGGGUGUGAGGUUUGUAAGGUGUGUAUGUUUGUGUAUGUUUGUGUAUGAAUCCGACCAAGAGCAUCACAUUUGAUGGAUGGCUUAAUUAAGUCUCUUUUUUUUUUUCCUGUGUCCUUCUGUUUUUUGUUUGUGUUUAUGCAGUUGUGCAAAUGUCUGUGUGCGCACUCUUCUGUAAAUGUGUGUGUGUGUGUGUUUGUGGAGACAGAGAAAAGGGCUGGAAUGAGGGAGGAGCGGGUAUUGUGUGUGCACUGCAGUGUGACAAAAUGGGAGUGAAAUGGAACAGCAGGUUUAAAAAAGAGAGAGGAUUGGAUUUCGGCAAAACACGGCCCUCUGGGUCAGAGAGACAGAGGAAUGGAGGCAGAGAGAGAGAUGGAGAGAGGGAGAGAGAUGAUGCAGGGAGCGAGGCAGAGCAAGAAAAAAGGCUAUAAAACCUGUUUGAGAAAAUUGUAGAGAAACAGGAAAAUGAGGACAGCAUGGGGGGUGGAGGUCGGGUGGGAGAGGAGGGGUCAAAGGGAAAGAGGAUGGAUGGAGAGGGUGUGGACAAGAAGGGAGUGGGCAGAGUGUGAGAGAGGGAGCAAAUGGAUAAUAUUCAUUCAAGUGAUACUACAAUGUUUAUAGCUACUUCAACACUGGGCAGACAGAGUUGUUCUUCACCUUUUCUGCAAUUAAAAAAAGAAAAAGAAAAACCCUUUGACCUUCACCUUUAAUCCAUGUGAGUGUAUACAUGCACGCUUGAAGUCGAAGCCAACUGGAAAGCCUGAUUUUACUUAGUUGUUUAGCAACCAAAAGGCCCCAAAAAUCCACAUUGUAAAAAUUGAAUUCAAAACACCAAGUGUUGUUGCACAACUCUUCCAGCGUUUUGAUGACUACUAAUCCUGCGGGCGAAGGUGGAAAAUUAACAUCAGCAUCGCAGCAAACAGAAAAUGCUUUGCAGAGGGCUUGUUUCCAAGGUAAUGUGUUUACAGAGUUUGUCUUUAUCAUAAAUUAGCAUGCCAGGUUUUUAGAAACUAUUGUGAUAAAAUUCAGACUCCGGUGGCGUUCAGUAGCUGCUUUAGUGAGAUGUUUGUUUGGAUUUUUGAUCACAAAACCCACACAAUGUGUCACUUCAGAGCAAUGAUUUAAAUGCAGCACACGUCACAUUCGUACAAAAAAACUCUUGAGUCGAGUUGGACUUAGAACAGCCAUAGAACCCACAUAGAAAUGAAGCCACAAAAAGGGAUAUUAUUUGAAUGCCUGGUCUCCCUCCUGAAAUUCAGCACACUUACAAAACUGUCUAUAUUCAAAUAUUCUGUUCUCUGCUACGAUCUUCGCUUUUUCACUUUUGUGACCCUCCUUCAAUUCUUUCACGACUUCCUCCAUUCUUCUAUGACGUUCACCAUUUACAGUGUUUGGGGCUUUCCUGCGUUGUCUAGCAAACAAUACAAUACAAUGCUUAUGUAAAGCUUGCCUAUGUGAGACAUAAACAUUUCACUUUCUAUCUGAUAACCUUUCUGACACACGUAUUUGUAAC